UGUCACAAGCCUGACGGUUGUUGUUUACAUCUCCGACGUUUGCGUUUGUUUCUUAAUUCCAAAAUGAUGUCGAGGUCUUUGAGAGCUGAAACCCGAUCUAGGGGUAAAGAAGACACUAAAAGACCUAUGCAAGCUUUGGAUAAAGUGAGACGCUGGGAAAAGAAGUGGAUUACAAUACAUGAUACUACAAUGAAGAUCUACAAGUGGGUCCCAGUUAUUUCAGAUGACCGAAAGAAGAAAAAUAGUAGUUCCAACAAGGAGAACCGAAUGUGCAGUCGUGACAGCAGUAUGUCUGCGUUUCACAUGGGGGGUGACGAUUCUAAUACAGCCAUGUCCAUGAUGAGUGACUCACAAGAUGCCACGGACUUCUCUUCAAGUCAGUUCAAUAUCUCAGAAGAUUCAAAUUCUGAGCCGCCUUUCAAGAAGAAGUUAGCCGAAUGAAUGAAAAUGAUAAUGCAAAUGUAAUCAUAAGAAAUAGGCUAAGUGAAAAUCAUUCACUGAAUAGACUAAUAUGGAAUGUCAGUGGAAAAACGUUUAUGAUUUAAUUUAUAAUGGAAUACAAAUUGCAAAACAUAAUUAA